CAUGUCUCUCGGUAGUUUGAUUUACCCUUAAAAUGUGUUUUAUAAACAACGUGCAUGUCGCUUACACCGGGUGAUGGAAAUCGGCGUGUGAGACCUAAACGAGAUGUACCUGUGUCUUCCCAUGGCCACCUGCACGGAGCUACGCACUUCUAGGACAUGACAGUCCCUCCAGCUCCUUGGUUCAGCUUGCCCCUCUCCCACCUACCCAGUGCCUCCUAUCCUCCUGGGACGAUGGCCUUGGCCCACAACCAGACGUGUGGCAAUGACGACAGUUUCAAGUACCUGGCCUACACCAUCACCUACUGCAUCGUCCUCCCCAUGGGCCUCCUCUGCAACUGCCUGGCCCUGCUGGUGUUCUUCUGCUUCACGCCCAAGAAGUCAGCCAACACCGUCCUCACGACCAACCUGGCCCUGUCGGACGUGGGCUUCUCCCUGACCCUGCCCUUCCGGCUGGUGUACUACCUGCGGGGCGGCCAGUGGGACUUCCCCGACUGGCUGUGCCGCUGGUGUGUCUUCUCCUUCUACCUGAACCUGUACACCAGCGUGCUCUUCCUCACGGGCCUCAGCGUGCUCCGCUACGUGGCCGUGCUGCACCCCAUGCGCAACAAGACGCUGGUGACCGUCCGCCGGGCGAGCUGGGCAUGCCUGGGCAUCUGGCUGUUUGUGGCUGCCUCCUCCUCGCCCUUCCUCCUCUCUGGGUCCUUCCAGCAGGGCAGCAGGACGCUUUGCUUCGAGCCCAAGGGGCUGCCCUCCUGGAGGCGUAUCCUGGUGCUCAACUACGUGGGCGUGGUCUUUGGUUUCCUCCUGCCGUUCCUGACCAUCCUGCUCUGCUACGGGCGGAUCAUCCGCCGGCUGAGAUCCGGGGAACGGAGCCUGCAGCGGGUGCGCAGGCGGCGGCAGCGCUCCAUCAACCUGGUGGCCGUGGUGCUGGUCACCUUCCUGCUCUGCUUCGCGCCCUACCACGUGAUGAGGACCGCCCACCUGCACGCCGUCACCGCACAGGAUGCCAGCCGGGCACAGGACUGCUGGCGCACACAGAUGCUGCAGAAAGUGCUGGUGCUCACACUCUGCAUGGCCUCUUCCAACAGCUGCUUCAACCCGCUCCUCUACUACUUUGCGGGGGAGUCCUUCCGCAAGACCGUGCGGAGGGCGUCUGAGCGCCGCUCUCGCAGCUCGCUCGGCUCCUUCAGCCAGGGGAGCCUGCUCCCCUGGAGGGGCAAGGCCGCCCCCAGCCCCCCGGCCAGCCCGGUGAAGGCUGACACCCAAGUGCCCCUCCGCAAGAGCCCCCAGGUAGCCAUCCCUGGUAUAGACUGA